CUUUGUGUUUGAGAUAUGAAAAGCAUUUUAGUAACGACGGCAUUGGUACUGCUAUUGGCAGGAUGUCUGGUUCAAGCAGCAGAUAGGCCAAUUUCGGAUUGUGCCAAACGCAUUGAACACGAUGGUUAUCCCGUGGAAAAACAUACGGUCACCACCGAUGAUUACUAUGUCCUGACCAUGCAUCGCAUUCCCUACUCGCCCCGCUCACCCUUGAAUGGCAAGCAAAAGCCUGUGGUCUUUCUAAUGCACGGUAUGCUCAGCUCUUCCGUUGAUUGGAUUUUAAUGGGACCCAACAAAGCUUUGGGCUAUCUGUUAGCCGAUGCUGGCUAUGAUGUAUGGAUGGGCAAUGCUCGCGGCAAUACCUAUUCAAAGAAACAUUUGUUCUGGCCCACUUUCUGGCAAGUAUUUUGGAAUUUCAGUUGGCAUGAAAUUGGCAUCACUGAUGUGCCCAACAUGAUUGACUACGUCUUGAAGAAGACUGGCGAAAAGCAGUUGCAUUAUGUGGGCCACUCUCAAGGCACCACUGUCUACCUGGUGAUGAUGUCCGAACUACCCUCGUACAAUAACAAAAUCAAGUCGGCUCAUCUCUUAGGUCCUGCUGCCUAUAUGGGCAACAUGAAGAGCCCAUUGACCCGAGCCUUUGCACCCAUUAUGGGCCAACCCAAUGCCAUAGUCGAGCUUUGUGGUUCUACGGAAUUCAUGCCCAGCAAUAAAUUCAAACAGGACUUGGGUAUUGAGAUGUGUCAGGCCAACUCCCCCUAUGUGGAAAUGUGUGCCAAUGAGAUUUUCCUCAUUGGUGGUUGGGAUUCGGAGCAAUUGGACAGGGAUUUACUGGAACACAUUAAAGCCACUUCUCCUGCUGGUGCUUCAAUCAAUCAAAACAUACACUUCUGUCAGGAACAUAAUUCCAAGAAAUUCCGCAAAUUCGAUUAUAGCAUCAUUCGUAAUCCCUGGGAGUAUGAUGGCGCCAUGUACCCACCAGACUAUAAACUAAGCAAUGCCGUAGCUCCUGUUCUCUUGUACUAUGGCCUCAAUGAUUGGAUGUGCGAUGUGUCAGACGUACUUCAAUUGCGUAAUGAGUUGCCCAAUAUGAAAUUGGAUUAUCCCGUGCCAUUCCCCAAAUGGGCACAUUUGGACUUCAUCUGGGGUACUGAGGCCAAAAAGUACGUCUACGAUAAGGUCAUGGAACAAAUGAAAUUGUAUGAAUAGACAAACUUCAGGGCAGAGUUGGCAGUGAGUUGGUAAAACCCUUGCUAAAAACUUGAACUACUUUAGUUUUAAUAAAAG